AUGGAUCAGUUCAGCACAACUCCAGUAUACCUGAAUGGAUCAGAAGCGCCGGAUGCGCUUAGUUUAGACGCACCAAGCCUCGCUUUCCAGGUGACUUUAGGUUCGAUUCUCGGUGCCAUUACACUCGCCACUACACUGUCCAAUGCCUUCGUGAUCGCCACCAUCUCCCGAUCUCGGAAACUGCAAACCCCGGCUAACUUUCUGAUCGCGUCCUUGGCGCUCACCGACCUGCUGGUGUCCGUGUUGGUGAUGCCCGUGAGCGCGCUUUACACGGUAAGCCAUACGUGGACGUUAGGACAGAUCGUGUGCGAUAUCUGGCUGUCCUCGGACAUCACCUGUUGCACAGCGUCCAUUCUUCACCUGUGCGUAAUCGCUUUGGAUAGGUACUGGGCCAUCACGGAUGCGGUGGAGUACGCAAAAAGGCGCACUACUACGCGAGCGGCGGGUAUGGUCGCUACAGCAUGGGUGAUCGCCAUUUCCAUCUGUCUGCCCCCCUUCUUCUGGCGCAAGGAGAAAUCUGAAGAGGUAACCAGCUGCACCGUGAAUACAGAUCACAUUUUUUACACGCUGUAUUCCACCUUCGGGGCAUUUUACAUCCCCACGCUUUUACUCGUUGCCCUAUACGGGAGGAUUUAUGUAGAAGCUCGGCGACGUAUCUUAAAACAGUCGCCUAGAAAGUUUGGGAAAAGACUCACCUCUGCGCAAUUGGUGACAAACUCACCUGGAUCAACAUCUUUAACCUCAGCUGCUCCGUUUCACUGUGACUCAGUGAUCAGUGACAGCCAAAGGAUUUCUGCAGCCAGAGAGAGAAAAGCUACAAAAACCUUGGGCAUCAUAUUAGGAGCCUAUAUAGUGUGCUGGUUACCAUUUUUCAUCUACACCCUGCUGGUGCCACUGUGCCCAUCUUGCCAUUUGUAUCCUGAACUGUUUGAUUUUUUCACUUGGCUCGGUUACCUCAACUCUCUCAUUAAUCCCAUCAUAUAUACCAUGGCCAACGAUGACUUUAAAACUGCCUUGCAGAAACUUGUAAGAUUUCGAUGUUGUGCGUCCUGA